UUGAUUCGCAUUUGCUGCAAAGGACUCCAGCUACAGAUGGGUCUUGCCUCCCUUCUUCUGGGGACUGCAGUUCCCAUCCUCCUCCUCCUCCUCCUCCUCUGGGCCUGCCCAGGAUCUCCGUCACACUCCUUUCGAUAUGCCGCCACCGUGGUGUCAAAGCCCAGCGCUGGGCUGCCUCGAUUCACCGCAGCGGAGUAUGUGGAUGACUGUCCCAUCAGUCACUAUGAUAGUCACAGCAAGAGAGAAUUGCCCCAAGCGCUGUGGGGAGAAGACAACUUAGAUGCACACUUCUGGGACACGAGGACUCAGUUUUCUCAGGAGAAUGAGCAGGAGUGCGGCGAAGCACUGGGUAUCUUCCAGGAUCACUACAACCAGAGUAAGCCAUCUCACUCCCUUCUGGAUGUCACCAUUCUGCAGUGGACUUAUGGCUGUGAGCUGAGCGAGGAAGGCCAAAUUAAAGCGUAUGAAAGGUUGGCUUAUGAUGGAGAGGAGGUCAUGAGCUUCAACCUGGAGACUCUCAAAUGGAGGGCAGGAUCCGACUCCAAGUCUCAAGCGCUCAAGAGGCUGUGGGAUGGUGACGCAGCCUACCGCGAAUACCGGAAGCACUUACUGGAGGAGGACUGUGUUGCACUGCUGCGGAAAUACCUGGAUUAUGGGAGGGGGAGUCUGAGGAGGAAAGAACCCCCGGCAGUGAAGGUGCUGCUGCACAAGACAGAGCUGGAGAGCCUGGAGAGCCUCAUGUGCCAGAUCCGUGGCUUCUACCCCAAAGAGCUGGAUGCCAGUUGGAUGAAGGAUGGGGUCAACAUGGAGCAGGAAACCUUCCGGGCCGGAGUUGUCCCCAACUCAGAUGGGACCUACCAUACCUGGCUCAGAAUCAUGAUUGACCCCAAAGAGAGGGGCCGCUUCCGGUGCCAUGUAGAACAUGAUGGCCUCCCUACGCCCCUCGAUGUGGCCUGGGAAGCACCUGCAGCCUCUGCAUCCAACGUGGGACUCAUGGCAGGGGUUAUUAUUGCUGUCAGCCUCUUGGUGGCUGUGUUUGGGAUUACUGUAUAUGUUCACAAGCAGAAGCGUGUGCAAAACAGUGGUGACAUAACGUGUCAUGACCAGACUCAGCUUAAUGGCCUCCUUGCUCAGAAACCCCAGGGUCUGGCAUCUGCAGAAGACUGGGAUCCAGACCACAGCCAAGGCUUGUAGAUUCUUCUUGUACAAUAUUGCCAAAAUCCGACCAUAUCUCUCCGCCUCUACUGCCAAGAUCC